GCAUGUAACUGAAAACGGUAUAUAUGAAUAAUAAUUAAUAUUAGAAGGGUAAUAAUAAUAAUAAUAAUAACCUUUUCCCCCUCUCACAACCUCUAUAUAAACGUAAGUGUGUCGUUCUUCUGCUGCUGCACAGGAGACCUUUCGAUAGACCCUUAAUGGCGUCCAACAAGGGCCUCCUCCUCUGCUUCCUCUUCGUGCUCUCUCUGUGGGCUUCCAUGGGGGUCUCCGAUGGCGACACCGACGUUGGCGUGCCUCCGUGCGUGAGGAAACUACUGCCUUGCCUGGACUACCUGCGGUCCCAGGAGAAGCCGCCCGCCGCCUGCUGCGUCCCCCUGGGGAGCGCGUUGGAUGAGGAAAUCGAAUGCCUCUGCAAACUCUUCUUCGACGACCAUCUCCUCGAGUCGCUCAACAUCUCGCAGUCCCAAAUCCUGGGGUUUCCCCCGCGCUGCGGAUUGAAGGCGCCGGACGUUACUAAGUGCAAGUUCUCUUCAGAUGCUCCAAAACCAAAUCCCAUCCCACCUCAUGCUUCAUCGCCUCCAACCUCAACUCCUAAAGCACCAUCUUCAAGCAGUGCAGCCAUAGGAAUCGACAUAACGAGUGUAUUAGCUUUAAUUAUCAUUUGGGUGUUUUCUGUAACAAGUCCUUUUUAGGACUUACAUUUCUCC